GUGGAUGUGGACAAAGCAAUGCUCAUAAUGGACGAGAGCUUUUCUACAUCGGCUGCUUCAACUGCGCAGCGUGUGCCUCUGGAUGCAAAUGCACCUGUGUCUUGUUGGGAGGAACGUUGGCCUCUUGACGAUUCACAUCUGUCUGCGAUAGGUACUCCGGCAGAGUCUGCUGACGUUCUUCAAGUUCAGAUAUGUGUGGCGCCUGUGUUGGUUUGCACUGAAGCACAGCAGACAGCAGGUGGUGGUGAUAAUAUCUCUUCUGCCGGUUUGGUGCUUCAAAUAUGAUUUAGCGUACCUGUAUAUGAGCCCCCUACUUCCUUGCACAUUGCUGGUAAGUUCUGUAUUGAGUUGAGGCUCUGCAAGGCAAUGGAAUAAGUGUGUAUCUCUUUGUCUGUGUAUCAAUCUUCUUUGUGCUUGACACCAGUUAACCCUUUGCGGACCAUUGUCCAUGUGAUGGGGCAAUGUGUUUUUCUUGUUCCAGACCAUUUAAAUCCCCAAGUAUGUGGUUGCACUGGUCUGGCAUGCCAUGCCAUGGUAUAAGAAACUGUUCUCAGGUUCCAAACUAUUUUUUGUAUUGUUACAAAAAAACAUUAUAAUUUAUUUACCUAAGUCAUAAUUUAUAAUUAUGCAGAGAGCUAAACCCAAUUACCGAUAAUGCCUGUAGAUUGCAAUGUAUCAAUGGAGUAUCCUUACUGUCACUUUCUUCAUAUUCUUCAGAAUCAUCUGAGAAAAAGGUUUUAAAUUCUUAUCUUUCUGAAGAUUGUUGACCUUCAGAAUUGUUUACUGAUUCACUCAGUUCAGGCUGUGACAAUCUCGAACACUAACUUCUCAAUACCAUCAUAAGUACAACUGCAGCCUCAAAAACAAGCUGAUUCCAAACAAUAAAAAAUGGGCAAAAUCUGGUAAUAAUGAAGAAAAUUACUGCCUAAUCCCUCCUGAAGACAAUUAGUUGUACUGGUCUCUGGAGCCAUCUACCUGAGUGAAAUAGGAGUUAAAAAUAAGUCCUGCCUGCAGGACACUGGACCACCAUACAAAGAAAACGGAAAAGCGAGAGGACCGCAGAGGGUUAAUGGGGCACAAUGGCCAAUGAUAUUCUAGCACUGGCAAUAGCUUCUCAUGUAAUGUACUGUCUUUGCCCCCAAUUUGUAGGAAGCAAAUUAAAAAGAUAGAGCAAACGUGGCUUUAUGGCAAAGCACAGACCUGCAUGCAGCUAAUGUGUGGCAACAGUGGUAAAGCUCAGCAACGCUACUAGGGCCCUGUAACUCUCCAUCAAAACUGGGGACAAAGGUCGAGGGUGCUACUAUAGGAGGCACUGGUGUCGCCAGGUGGAGUUGCAGGUUAGGCUCGCCAACUCUCCCACUUAAAAAUUGGCUAAUUUGUAAGAAAUCUGAAAAAGGGUCUUCUUAAUGUUCAAUUAUUCAUAAUCUAUACUUAUAACAAACCUCUGAAGAAAGCGCAAACAUAGACGAUAUCUUUUGUAACAUUAUGAGCCUGCUUGCGACCUGUGAAGUCCUGCAGCAGCCACUCACAUUUUAAGUAUUGUUGGCAGCAGUUCGUGUUUUAGUUUGUGUAAAGAAGGCGACGCAGCAGAGCGCACUAGGUCUCCACCAUGUUAUAUCGGACUUAUAGGGCCCUGAAUGUUACCUUUACUGAGUUGUCAAACACUAGGAAGAUUGGUAGACAAGCAGUAGUGUAAGAAUCAGUGGCUGCCACUUCAGUUACAAAAUUAAAAAAUAAGAAUUGGAGAGUUUUCACCGAAAUGGCUGCUUCUGGUGCUUUUACCUUGUAGUUAUACUUUGAGCUGUGUGCUUUUCACACCUUUCUUUUUUGUUGUUUAGAUAAUCUUGUUUCCAAUCAUUCCUGAAAUUGGAUCCAACUUUCAGAAACUGCAACAUCAAAGAAACAAAAGGAAACAGACAUAUACUUGACAAAAGCUUUUUGCAGUUGUGUGUUCAAAUUGCCUCAAUCUAAGACUGUAAUUAUGUUUUCUUUUCCAUUAUUUUGUGUAAUUUGUAUUAUUUUUCUACAUUUGUUUUAGCUAUUGCUGUUUUACAUCAUGAAUUAUGUGCAAUUGAUUUUGUGUUCCUUCAAUAUGGAACAGAUUUUAUUCUGUUCACUUUGGAAAAUUUGUAUACAUUCCAUUUUAUGAGAAUUUAUGAGCAGUUCCUGUUUUGAAUGAAUCUUUUCACCGUUACUAUUAAAAACUUUUAAAAAUAUUUUAUGUAUUUGAUGAUUGUGUAUUUUGAUCCUUGUCAUCAAAUGUUCAUCGUGAAGCACUGUUUGUUUUUGUUAUUUAGAAGUCAUUUUGAUGGACAUUGCAUUCUAAAAGGACUAUUCCUUCAGAAUUUCCUUUGGAAAAAUAAUUCUUGUUAUACAUUUUAAGUUGUUUACAAUGGAAGUACUGUAAACUUUUUCUGUUAACCUUUUGACACAAAGUAGGGAAUAGUUAAGAAGACAAAUGGUUGUCAAAUUUCUGUAGAUGUAUGAAGUUUAUCAUAGCUAUUUACCAUUCAAAUCAGGACCUGAUUCUGCUCUGGAGUGCUUCACAAAAUAAAAUUUGAUACACAACAUUCUGGGCUUAUUCUGUAAAUGAUUGUAUUUUUCCUUGAUCAUAAGAUGGAGAUAAAUGAAUAGAAAAUGACAAUGUUUAAAGGAACUUGUAAAAUUUUCUGCAGAUUUUUUCUUUUUUGUCAAAGGACAAAGGAAAGUGAAGCAUAAGAAAUGUUUCAUGAAGAGUUUGCACUGGGAUUUGUGGUUUGCCUAAAUUUAGAAAUAACUACAUUUGAUAUGUUUUUUCAGAGCAUAUGACUGAAAACAAGUCAUUAAUUCGAAAAUGUUUGUAUUUAAAUGUGUUGUUUGGUUUUAUACGUUCAAUGAAUGUAUUGUAAUGCAGAAUAAGGGGCAAUCUGCUUUUGAUUCUGAAAUAUUGUAGACUAUACGUAAAGAGCCUUAAACCAUUAAGAGCAGUUGUUUCAAUAAUUGUGCUAAUUCUGUGGAAAAUCAAAUGAAGAAUCAUUUCUGAUUUCUAGCCUACGCUCAAUCUUUUUGCUCUUUAAGUCUUGUAAUAAAUUGGCUUGAAUAUAUUCUACUUUGCCCACUUGGGAUUUCAACAUUUUGUACAAGUUUGUAAGUUGUUAAUUACUCAAUAAUAUGCAAGUUAUUGCAUUUAUUGUUAUUAUGAGAUUUCCUACAGCAAAUGGUUUAGUACUAUCUUCUUCUUAUUUUCUUUCUCUUUUAAUUUAAGUCUAUUAAGUUUGAUACUAGGUCCUAAGGUAGAUUCUGUUUAUUUUAUUGAGUAAGAGAUGUUUCCAUGUUAAUAUCUCUUGAAAUAGCAUAAGCAUUAGUUUGGAAUAUGUAAUUGAUUGAGCAAUUUUGCCCAAUAUAAUGAACUUGUGAAAGACAGUAGAAAAUAAAGGGAUUUUGUUUUUUGUAUUGGAGAAUCUUGGAAACUAAAUUACAGUGAGGAAGUUGUAUUUGUCAAAAGAAAGAGGAAACAAUUUAUCUUCUGUGAUCAUUCCAAUGAACAGAGUUGUUUCUUGUGAUACAAGACAGUGAAAGCAUUCUUCUUGUAUAAAUCACCACUAACUUGUACUUACUUUGUGUGAGAGUAAAGUUAACCUUGCAAUAUUGUGAUAUUUCUCUGUGAAAAACAACGAAAUCUAUGUGCACCAAUUGCAAAUGAAUACUCAUAAAUUUUUCUGAGUAUUGUCUAAUAUUAAUAAAGAUAGAAUCAACAAAUUGAGGAAAGUUUCACUUUUCAAGAAUAUUGUGCGACAGCAUUUGAUUUUCAGAUCAAAUGCUUAUAAUAAUUAGGGUCCAAUCAGUGGAAGAUAGUGCAAAUGACUCUCUCCAAUAGUUUCUUUUUGUAGAUUUCAUAUUUGGAAGUAUACAAGGUUAACUCUACUCCAGAAUGUAGUAAUCGGUGUUGGUUAAACACAAUUAGUGACUAUAGUAUGCAUUUUUGUUGCUAUGUAUUUGGUGGUAUGUUUCUGUUUUUGUGUUCCAUUUUUAUGUUUGUUGUCUUUCCCUGAAAGUUUUGCAAAUGUUGAGCAAUUUUGUGGGGUGAAAUAAGAUUCACUAACUGAUUAAAUUUUGCAAAUAUUUCUGUGGUGAUUAGAAUAUUUAUGGUUGUAUCUAUGCUUGUAGCUUGUUUUCAACACAGGAAUGAAAUGCUUUUGGACUGCUUUUCCUUGUGUUGAAAAUAAAUCUUUAUUUUAAUUUCCAUUCUUCAAUGGAACAAUCAAUAUAAAUAGUGGGAAGAUUUAUGUGAAUGGAAGUCAAAGUUCGUGGAUAGUUUAUAAAUUGAUAAAGUACAUUUAAUACGAAUACAGCAUUUACUUGAUCUUGUUUGUGUUACACCUAAAGAUUUAUAAUUUCUGCAUGGUAGUUAUUAAUAAUCAAAACAUGACCUCAUGUGUUGCUGUAAUUCUUCACACGAGAUGAUGUUUUGAAGUUUUUCAAAACUCCAAUUCAUGAUUGAAGUGCAGUUUACAAGUGCACAACAUUUGCAUUAUAUAUUUGUUCUAUAAAGGCUAUGUUGGUUCCUUGUAGCAGCUUCCAAGAGAGAUGCUGUGCAAUUUUUAUUAAGACUGCUGGCAACAAACAUUCUAUAACAUACUUUAAAACUAACUUUCAAAAAAAAAAAAAAUACAAAAUCAAAAUAUUGAUAUUAUUUUUCAAUGCCGCUUGAGACUUGCUUUGCCCGAAAAGGGUGAAACCAUAUGUGGACCAAUGUUUAACUGGAUAGAAUAAUUCAAAACAAAGAAAUGUAUGAACAUAUCCAGCUUUUCUCUUCUUUUCACCAUUCUUUUGUACUUUUUGAGGGCAUUUAAGGUGGAAGGAAAAUCACAUGUACAACAGAACCAUUUCUUGAAGAUGGCAUUUCUUUUAAGUUCAAAAUAAGGUUAAAUUGAGAUUUACAGAAGUCUUGGGAAUUUUACUAUUUGAGUUAUGAAUUUUUUCAAGAACUGCUUGUAAAGAUAGUUUUAUUUGAUUCACAAUUGAAAUCUGAGAAUUUGUAUGUUAGUAACUUUCUCUGAAACUCCAGAAAAGCCUUGAUCUGCAGGAAAUUUUUUAGAUUGUACGUUUUUGAAAAAAAAUGGAAAGAUGAUUUUACUGCCUUAUUAUUGAUGGUCAUGGUGACUCUGUACUAGAAAAGUCACACCAUAAAAUUUCUGCUGUCUACAUCUUGGACAAAGGGAUCAGGAUUUUUGUUGUAUAAUAAUUUUUUCCGUAUUUGGAGCACACCAGCAAACCUAAAUUUUUUGGAGAACCUGUGGUCUACAUUAAUUCUAAUAUUAUCUAACGAAGAUGAACGCGGUUAUGUUAAUCUUUUAUUGGGCUUCUUUUUAUUAGUAAGUUUUUACGAGAAUGUAACUUUGAGGAUUAUGGAAAACUACUUGUAGUUUAAUUUACUACAGUCGAGUCCAAUAUACCUAACUGAAAAUGCCAUCUAUAAUGAAAUGAUAUUUAACUUAAUCUGAUUCUUGCCAUUCAUUCCGUAGUCUGUAAGUUACAUCACUCAUUGCCACUAGUCAUCAUGGUGAGAAUGCAUGAUAGAGAAUGAGAGCAUUGGAUGAUGCAAUUCUGUUUUGUACAGACUAGAGAGCUGCUAUAGAUGUGUAUAUGUGUAGUUACAAAAUCUUGUACAUUGUACUAUCAUUCUUCCUGAGUAGUUUUUGUAUCAUUGUAUCAAUUUGUCAAGUGGAAAUUUGAUAAGAGCAGGUGACUUGGUUUUGGUGGAAGGAAAGGUGCUGUUUAACACAUUUCAUAUCAGGAAUCAUAUUCACAUUUGCUUCAUUUCAACUUGCAAACCAUGAAGAAAAACCAAAUAGAGCAUUGGAUUAAUUUUCAGAAAACCUUUCGACAACAUUACUAUACAAAUUUUUGAAGAUGACAAGAAAAAUGCAUGCUUUGAUUUUUGUGUUUAAAUUUCAAUAAACAAUUGUCUUGCUUUUUAAUUCACACUUGGAUAUUAAAAAACCAUCAGUAUGUUGAAAAUAUUAUCAUGUAUUUAUACCAAAUUUCUAGUGUGUGGAUUUAGCUCAUGGGUAGGAACUAUUAAUGAAUUGAAAUCAUAAUGCAAUAGAAGAUCAAUUGAUUAAUAUAGAAGAUACAGAGAAGUAGUUUAAUGUCGGUGAGAUAAAGGGCUGGCAAAAGUUAAAAGAUAAUGAAAAAAAGUUUCCUGACUUAUUUUUACCAUUAAAAUAAAUUCCUCAUUAAUUUACUUUUAAAAUUAAUUAAUCAUUAAUUAACCUUAAUGAGUGCCUGCUCUCUGCUCAAUUUCACUUGGCUAUGAAAAAACAACUCAGGUCAACUUUUGUAUUGUUCUAAAGAUUGUUCAUUUUACUUGAAACAGACUAUACAACUGCAAUGUUGAAAAAAUAGAUAUUUGUUACUCCAAAUUUGAUUUCUUUAAUUUUCCUUUUCCUGAUUCCUUCAACUUGAGAAAACCCAUGUUUGUUAGUUAGGGAACUUGAGGCUUUGAAGUGUGAGAAUUUCUUGUGUAACUUCGGUUAACAAAUAUUACAAUAGGACCUUGUUAACUAUUUUGCAUUUUCAUUUGUUUCAUCGUAUAACCAGCUGUCCGGGAGACACUAGGCAAUUGUAUCAAGUUAAAAUUAUAUGAUGGAUAUUAUAGAUUGAAUAUUAUGUUGGAAUUUCAAAUCCUGAACAUAAUGUACAAUCUAACAAGAUUUUCUUUCAAUCACAGAGACAAACUUUAAUAUUGUAUUUUUUUAACCAUGACAUUGAGGGCUUUUUCAACUUUUAACGUAAGCUUAGCUAAGAACCAAUUGAUAUUCAUUGGUGUUCAAGACAAUUCUGUAAUAUAGAAUGAAUGUACUGUUUUUUGAAUUGGUAAAUAAAGAUGUGAAAUAUUGGUCACU